UUUAGCACUGAUAGUAAUCACAACUAUCAGUCUUAACAUUCAUGAUCUCAGAUAUAGCAGAUUUAGGAUGAGGUGGACUCUUUGGAUUCUAACAAUUAUCUGUAUAAUACUCCACAUCAGUAGUUCACAAAGUAACCCUUAUCACGUUCUGGGUGUUUCUAGAUCAGCCUCCAAAUCAGAAAUUCAGAAAGCGUACCGAAAGCUUGCCAAGAAAUAUCACCCUGAUGUAAGUAGUGAUCCUGAUGCUGAAAGAAAGUUUACUGAAGUGGCUGCUGCGUAUGAAUCGCUGACAAAAGAACAAAACCAGCCCAAACAACAGCAAAGUAGACAGGGUGGAUCCAGACAAGAGUUCUACUUCAACGGUCAGCGGUACACGUUCAGCGGAGGAAAUGAGUUUGGGGGUGGCCGUGGAUUUAACAGCUUUAACAACUUUCGGAAGAAGGAACCACACAAGGAUUCUCCCAUAUUAACAGUUAAGCGGUUUGAACAGGAAGUUCUUCCAGACAGUUACAUGUCAAUUCAUCUCGUUAAAGUUACAUCUCGGUGGUGUUUCCUCUGUAUGGAGUAUGAUCGAGCGUGGCCUGAUGUCAUGAACCAUUUCAAACCCUAUGGUAUGAAAUUCUGGGAGUUACCCUAUGACUCCUCAAAUAUGAAGCAGAAGAUAUCAGUCUAUGAAACUCCAUCAUUUUUGAUAAUCGUAUCAGGACGGGUUUAUCAUUUCACCCUUUCUCUUACUUUCACAAACCUUGAGAGAUUCAUAUUAUCUAAAGUUCAGUCUGUUCUGGUUAUGGAUCAAGUGAACGACAGGAAAGUUGACACCUUUGUUGGUGAUUUCACAGACUAUAAAGCUAAGGUAAUAUUUGUCUCCAAGACAUUCUCUUUUCCCCAAGCAAUGGCUGCGUUCAAGUUUAAGGAUUACUACAAGUAUGGCUUCAGCUCAACUGAUGACGAGUCUACAAAGAACAUUCUACAGAUUCUACCCUCACCAAGUAAAAUGGGAGUCAUUAUAUUUAAGGAGGUUUACCCUGCGAUAAGUAGGAAGGACAAUGUAGAUUCUAUUGGGCAGUUACUGCAGAUUCUUGAGGCCGAAAAGAAGUUGAUUUUACCCAAAAUAAGCUCUCCGAAAACAUUUGAUGAGAUAUGUUCUCGGUCUGUUGAUCAACCAUGUGUGAUAUUUGUGUUUGCUUCAAAAGAAGAGUACAAGUCAACCAGAUUGCUGAUUCAAACUGGAGAGCUUCAAUUCAAACGAAACAUGCAAUUCUCUUUCUUAUACCGUGAUGCCCAAUUUGAAUUCAUAGAAUCGUUCUUCCCACCGUAUCCUCUGAACAAUGUUCUGCUUCUAAAACGAACAUCAAACACCCACGCUCACGUUUUGUGGCUCCCCAGAUGGGAUCUGUCUGAUGUAGCCUCACUUUACAUAAACUUAAGAGAGGGUGAAGCCAAAUUGGGAGGAGAUCGAGUAAAACUAGGCGCCAUUAUCAACGAACAUGCUCCUUCACUCCUGGACAAUGUUAUGGAGUUCAUAUCAUUCUCUAUUGAGAGUACUAUUGGACAAAUACAUCUGAUCAGCCUCAACACCUGGUUAUCAGUAAUAUCUAUAAUAACACUCUUCUGUGUCACCUUCCUGAUAAACAAUGAUCCAGAGGAAGCGCAGCGCCGUCAGCGCAAUGGAGGUCAACAACAGAGCGCUGAGCAGCAAACCUUCCAAGAAAACACACCUAACUUUGUGGAUUUGCCCGAGCUGACUGCUCUAACAGCUAGCAAACUCCUCCCCUCAGAUAAAUCACAGAUGACAUUGCUCGUUGUGGGGGACCUUAAGGAUGGAAGUUCGGUCCCUCUACCCGUUAGAGUUGUAUCGGCUAAACUAAAAGAGUUGUGUAUAAGAGGCCCUCAGUCCGUCGCUUUUGUCUCUCAUGACAAAUACGAAUCUUGGUUGUUUUUGUUUGCUGAGCUGGCAGGGUGUAGGCUGAUCCAGGGUUCGGUGAUUGCGGUGAACUUUAAUAAGAAAUAUUUCAACUUCUUUACCCCAAUCAACACAUGUUCUAACUCCUCGUUAGUUAACCUGCAGGAUAGGGUUACUCUCUGGUUUGAGAGGUUGUGUGAGGGAAGUUUACCUAGGUUCGGUCAUGGGGAGUUGGAGUAUCCUACAGGCUGAUUUAUUUAAAAUUAGUAUAUAUAUAUAAUAUAUUGUAAUUGAUUAAUAAUUUAUAAUAGAAUUUUAAUCUUAAACAGAAAUAUUGA